CUCAACAACAAUAAUAUAAACGUGACGUGGUGCAUGCAGUUAUGCAACAAACACCACCCCACUUCAACUUCAAACUUUCCCUCCCAUUAGCCCACAUUCCACGCCUUCUCUCUCUCUCUCUCUGUACCCAUACGCCCCCGCUCUUGGCUCUCUCUGUAGCUAUACGGCCCCAUUGGCUGAGCAACAUGUUUUCGUCUUCGUUUUCGUCUCCCACCAGAUGAUCGACAUGGGCAAGAAGUCGCUCUCAGAAAUGGCAUCACACACGCAUAGCAACAGCACCAAAGAUUUGGAGCACAAAUACAAUUCCCUCUUCAAAGACUGGUCCAAUCACCAAUCUCGCCAUCGCCGCCACCACCGCUGUCCGUCUUCGUUCCUCCUCCCUUCCUCGCAGAAACACCACAACAAUGAAAACAUCGAUGAGAGAGGAACUUGGGGCAAAGAGGAGGAGAGAGAAACUUGGAGGGACGAAGAGAACGAUAACGACGAAGAGGAUGACGGGGAGGAUUGGGAGGUGAGAGAAAAUGGAGAGGAAAAAGAGGAGGAGGUUUGGCAUGUGAGAACAAACGACAUCGCGGUGGAGGAAAUCAUCAGAGAGAGGAGAGAGGCGGUGGUUUCCGGCAAGUUCAAGGGCCGCCGUCUCCUCCACCUACUCGACAGCGUCGCCGGAGAAAGAGAUGAGACCUACGGCUUUGCCAGAAAAGGGGACGAGAACUGCUUGGUGAGUGAUCUUCCCAGAAAAUUGGAUCAAGACUGUAUUUUGGUCGGAAAACUUGCCGAUAUAAGGGAUGAGACGUUCACCAUUGCGAAAGAAAGGGAAGAGAUUGGAGAUUUUGCCAGAAAGAUGGACGAUUUAUGCAUUGUUUGCUCCUCUGUAAUCCAUGGAAGCGAGCCUGCUAUGGAGGGCAACUUUUCCAUUGAAAGGAGAAAAGGUAUUAAAAGGAUCUCUUUUGAUAGCGGAAAUAACAGGGAAAAUGGUGGAGCCACUUCCAUCGAGAGUAGCGGCAGCGGUAAAAGCAGUGGAUUAGCCACAAAACAGAGUUGCAGUGACCAUAAAAAUGGUGGAUUGAUUGAAAAUGAGAUAAGAAAUAGCGGAGAAAUGAGCUGCGCCUCACCAUUAGAGAGGAGAAGCGGUGGUGGAAUUGGGGGAGCCGCUAAUUUUAGUGGAGGAGUUGGCGGCGCCGCUGAUUUUGGUGGAGAUGGGAGGUGGCUGGUUAGCAUGGGGUUUCUGGCGAUUGUGAUGCUGGUUUUUGCCCUAUGUGUGAUUUCGUUUACGAGUUUCGAUGCGGAUGGAGGAGGCCAGGUGGUGCUCCGCCCUACGUGAGUCUUCAGCCGUUGGAUUUAGACGCAUGGAUUCACCGGAUGCAUCUGAACCGUCAGUUUUGGUUAUCUGUGGGGAUGUUAUGGCCUCCAUCCACAAAUUCGUG